GGGGGGGGUUUGGACGUGCAGAUCCUCGCUGUUGAUUCGUGGUCUGCGGUCUUCUGCACUUCGCGAAGGGCGGAUCCUCAGUAACGUUUACGGCGAUGGCGUCGGAGGGGAUGGACAUGCGUCAUGCGCUAUUGAAGGUGGAGAGGACUGCGGUGGCAGCGGCCAUGAGCGUCGUCCUCUUCCGGUGCCAAUUGGAGAGGGGCGAGGGGAGGAUGAGAGCGGCCAUUCGCGCGCGGCGGAAACGGACGCUGCAGUCGCCGUCUGUGGGGGGCGACGACAGCGCUGCCAUUUGCGACGCCGUGCUGCAGGUGUGCUACGCCAUGGGGUGUGGAGCGUUCCCCAGAGCGACGCCCAGAUGGUGGAUGAAGCGACGUACAGGCGGCACGUGGGAGGAUCUUCGGCUAUGCGACGACGCGACGGCGGACUACUUCAGGGAGAAGCUACGCAUGUCGCCACGUGUAUUCCAAGAGAUAACGAAAGCUCUGUCUCCCUUCCUCGAGCGACGUGUCACUUUCUACAGGGAGCCCCUCCAGCCAGACCAGAUUGUCGCCUACGCUUUGUACAGGUGGGUGUCGGGGGAGACAUACGAGAGUGGGACAUGCAGCUUUGGCAUUGGCAGAUCUUCCGGGUUGGUGGCGGUGAGGGAUGUGACUGCGACACAGGUCGUCGUGGAUUUGAACUUGCGCGUGCUGGAUGUGUUCGUCGGUUAUCCGGGAAGUUGCCACGACGUCAGGAUCGUCCAUCUAUCCAGUUUAUGGGCACACGCGGAGGCGGGAGAGCUUUUCACCGGCCCACCUGUCAUGCUGCCUUUCGGUGUGCGGAUGGACGGAUAUCUGCUGGGGGACAACGGGUACCCGCCCUCCGAAUGGGUUGUCGUCCCUUACGGCGGUGUAUCCCAAAACCCUGUGGAGAUGCGCUUCGAUAACAAGCAGAAGACGGCGAGGGGCGCAGUGGAGAGGGCUUUUGGCAGACUGAAGGGGAUGUGGAGGUUGUUCCUUCGAUCCCACAAGACGAACAUGGAGACGUUGCCGCAGCAGUUCGUGGACGUCUGCAUUCUCCACAACAUACUCAUCGACGCGGGCAUCCCGUUCAACAACAAUCUGCUCUGGGAGGUCGGGCCGGAUGGUGUUCGUCGCAGGGUGGAUCUUGGGAUGGAUCGUCCCGUGAGGCAGAUGUGCAUGGAGUCCUCCACAGGGGAUGCCCUCAUUCUACGUGACGCACUGGCUGAGCGAAUGGCGGCACAGUGAAGACGCCGAGGCGAGCGGAGGGAUCGGCCUUGAUGGCGUGGCUGAGGCGAUUAAACGCGGUCGUGUCCCACGGGGUGGAAGGUAGAAAUCGUGGUAGAAGACGCGGGGUGCUUCAUGUCUUACAACGAGUUGUCGCCGUUGUGUUUGUCGUCCAUCGGUCGGAUCUCGCGAGUAGUGUGGCGGUGGUGGGCGUCAUAGUUUGGUUGUCUGGGCACGCGGCGGCGUGUGUCGGCAGUUUAUUUCGUUGUGUUAGGAUCCGAGCGCUAUCGGGUGUGUGGCUGCGCCGGGGGCAGACUGCGUUUGCGCAGUCGAAGACGUAGGCGAGGAGGGGCGAUGUGAGAAGCGCCCACGUG